GAAAAAUAUUUCACUCCAUGGCCUUAUCCCAAUCGGUCAUCGUAUUAGACCAAAUUCCGGUGUCACCACCGCCGGAAAAGAUCGCCGGAACCUCCCUUCCCCUAACAUUUUUCGACGUGGAGUGGCUGCCAUGCCCACCAAUGACUCGACUCAUAUUCUAUCACCACCCGAUGGGAAGAACCGAGUUUUUGGACUCCCUAAUUCCCCAUAUGAAAAAUUCCUUAUCCCAAAGCCUACAACAGUACAGCCCCUUAGCAGGUAGAUUGGUCGUCUCACCCGACAAGACAAACAUACCAGAAGUUUGUUACACCAAGGGUGACACUGUUCCGUUGGUUAUCGCAGAGUUCGACUCAAGGAACCCCAUCCAUUUUAACCACUUUGUGUCGAAUGAUGCAAGAAGUUCAAUGCUUUUCAAUCAACUCACCUCAAGACUACUCCCGACUUCACGAGCAUCAGAUGGGUCAUUGGCAAUCCCAUUGUUGGCGUUACAAAUAACACUAUUUCCCGAUGUCAGGAUAUGCAUAGGUGUGACUAAACACCAUGCAGUGUGCGAUGGGAGUAGCAUCUUCGGAUUCAUGAAGGCUUGGGCUUUCUUCUCUAACCGUCCCAAAGACGACGCGCCACCUCAAUUCGUACCGGAUUACGAGAGAACAUUCUUCAAAGAUCAUAAGGAGCUGACAACGAUUUAUUGGGACUAUGUGAAAAACGUCAACUUUGAGGAAACACAUAAUGCCCAUCGCCUUCCACGUACCACUGACAAGGUGAGGUCCACUUUUGUCGUGACGCGAGACGACAUUCAACGACUUAAGAAUCACAUCCUCAAGCGAGGGCGUGAUUCGUUGCAUGUUUCGACAUUUACGGUGACUUGCUCAUACACAUGGAGUUGUCUGGUGAGAUCAAGAAGGCAGACGUACAAGGAAGACGAAAAUGACGGGGAGUUGGAAGAAAUGGAGAAUUUUCUGUGCGCGGCUGAUUGCCGGGGACGUUUGGACCCUCCAUUGCCUAAAAACUACUUUGGCAACUGUGUUGUACCAUGUCUAGCUAGCAUAAGAGAAAAAGACCUUAUAGGAGAUGAAGGGGUGAGAAAGGCAGCUGAGGGGAUAGGAGAGAGCAUUCGCAGCUUAUUAUACAAUACUGAAAAGGAGGGAGUGUUGAAAGGUGCUCGUGACAGGCCUGCCGUUAUUUCCAAGUUCAACUUUGGUCGAACUUUGAGUGUAGCUGGCUCGCCCAAGUUUGACUAUUAUGGGCUGGAUUUUGGAUGGGGGAAGCCUAAGAGGCAUGAAUUUACUUCUACUGAUUUGAGCGGGGCCAUUUCUCUUGGUGCAGCCAAGGACCAUGAAGGUGGUGGACUCGAAGUGGGCGUGGUAUUGCCCGUUACACAAAUGCACUGUUUUACCAACAUAUUCUAUGAGGGUUUGAAAGCUUUGGGCGGCUAGCAAGCUAUUGAUGGAUAUAUAACAUCAUUCACCACACUUUGAUUUCUAUUUCUUCCAAGAAAUAAUAAUUAGGGUUAAUUUGUUUUGGUACUAAUAAUAAUAAUAAGUGCAUCACAUUGUACUGUAGGUCUUAUCCAUCUCAACUUAUCACGAGGUAUAUCUUUAUUUAUCAUUAGUUUGCAACAUUGGAAUUUACACACUCUUCAUGUACUUUACUUUGAUUAAGUUUUAC